AUGGCGACGAUCAUGGGCGUUGUUGGGCGCCGUGCUACCGUCCUGUGCAUGCAGGGCCAAAAGUCGGCCGAGUAA